AUGCACUGGCAGCAUUCUAGCAAAGAAAAAGAAAAACCACCAAGGCCACCUUUAACUCCUUCUGACGAUUUCCGUUCAAAAAGCGCUCAAAUCAGGUCAUAUGUGAGAGAACUUUUAGUUCCCAAAAAACCACCACUCCUAAUCAAACCUGUCCCAAACAGAUUACACCGCAUUGAUGGCAGUGGACGCUACGACCUUCAUGUUUCGAAAUUAUUUGCUACUACCGACAUUUUCUCAAAACAGUGUUUAUUGAAUCGCCUUGCAUUCUUGUAA